UCGACCUUCCUUCUCUCAUGCAAAUAUGGCGGCUGUCGCGUCCGAAACCGAACAAAUGAUUGAUGAGACUAACGCAGAAAUUUCAGCGCCAGAGAAACCCACAGAUGAAAACUUAAUAGAAGAAGAAAAAAAAGAUGGAGAAAAAACAGGAGAGGUUCAAAAUGAACCAGAUGACAAAGCUAAAGAAGAGGAAACAACGAAAGACCCAGAAAAGGGUUUAAAUGGUGACAAUAAGCACGAAGAAGAAAAAGCAGCUGACAAUUCAGAAGGUUUAGGCGAAAAGGUUGCAAAGCACUACAAUGAACUUCCAUCAGGAGGAAAAGAAAGCCGGAAAGAAAGUCCUAUAAUAUACCUGAGGAACUUUAACAACUGGGUGAAGAGUAUAAUCAUUAAUGAGAGCCUGGAAAAAAUCAAGAGAGUCAAUUCCAGGGAGGUGGCUGUGCUGGACCUUUGUUGUGGAAAAGGUGGAGAUCUUCUUAAAUGGCAGAGAGGAAGAAUUAAGACUCUUGUGUGUGCAGAUAUUGCUCAAGUCUCUGUGGAACAGUGUGAGGAACGUUACAAAGAACUAAAAAGGACACACGAGACUCGACGUUACAGGGAUCCUCUCUUUAAACCUGAAUUUAUCACAGCUGAUUGUAGUAAGGAACGACUUCUAGAUCUUUAUCAAGACAAGAAUAUCGAGUUUGACUUGACAAGCUGCCAAUUUUCAUUCCAUUAUUCGUUUGAGAGUUUUGAGCAAGCGGACAUGAUGCUGAAGAAUGCAUGUGAGAGACUCAAAGUUGGAGGUUUUUUCAUAGGAACAACACCUAAUGGAUAUGAAUUAGUUCGUCGAUUAGAGAAAUCAGAAGAUCUUUCCUUUGGAAAUGAUGUUUAUAGAGUUACUUUUGAGAAGAAAGGUGACUAUCCUCUAUAUGGCUGCAAGUAUGAUUUCCAUCUUGAAGGAGUGGUUGAUUGACCAGAGUUCUUGAUAUACUUCCCUCUGCUUGAAAAAAUGGCAGAAAAGUAUAAUAUGAAGCUAUUGUACACAAAGACAUUCCAUGAUUUUUUCCGGGAGAAAACCAAGGAAUCCACCUCACUCCUUUAUAAAAUGAAAGCACUUGAGACAUACCCACCACGCUUAGAAAGUGAGAGCUUGGUUUCAACUGCUGAGGAUGCAUACACACAUGCAAAAGACUUUUUAGAAGGAAUUCAGCUGAAUCAAGAUAAAUCUUCCUCAACCAGCAAGUACAGAGACCAUAGGGAAAAGAACUUGAAACAUGUGGGAACCAUGUCAAAGUGUGAAUGGGAAGCUGUUGGAAUGUACUUGGCAUUUGUGUUUGUGAAAAUUGAUCCAGAAGCAGAGCAGAAAAGGGCAGAAGAGGCAGAGAGAAGGGCAAAGGAAAGAGCAGAGCAGGAAAAGGAGAGAGAAGAGAGAGCUAAAGCCGAACAGGAAAUGGCUGAAAAUGCUAAAGCUGAGGAAGAUAAGGAAGAACAGGCUGAAGAAAACCCAGAAGAGAAAGUAGAGGAAAUAGAACCAGAGCCCAAAGCUGAAUCAAGAAAGAGGAAACAUGAGGAAGAGCCGGCAGAAGGUGAUGAUGAUGACGGUGAACCUGCAGCAAAGAAACAAGAAACGGCUGAGGAAACAUCUGUGUAAAUACACAGACUCUAAGAGUGUUUAGUGAUUAAAGGACUCUUGUUUCAAAGAACUGUAAAAAGGGGAUGGAUAUGAAAUGGGACAUUUUCCUUGCCCUUAGAACUAGGACUUUUUUUCCAAUUAAAAAGAGAGAGAGAGAAACAAUCCUUGACACUCACAUUUAGGUUGUGUUUUUUAGCAUGAUAGGUUGAUCCAAAAGAGUUUUGUCUCUUUCUACUCAUAAAGUAACAAUUAGGUAACCUUGUCGCUCCCAAAAUCUUAAAGUUAAUUUUCCCAACUGAGUGGUAUAGUGCAUGGACUGGUAGCAGUCUGAUUUUCUUCUUUAAUUAAUGUGUUUUCUGUACAGGGUGUGUAAAUGCAGAAUGGACUAGAUGAAUUGGUGUUGGAUGAAAAAAUUAGGUCACCUCCCUAUUCUCUUGUGGAACGCUCUGCUAGUGUUGUUAUAUCCACAGACUACAUGCAGCCUAAUUUGUAUGCACUUUUUAAAAGUGUAUUUUAAAACUUUAAAGUUGUAUGAUAUGUAGUUAAUGACACUUUUGUGACCCUACUAUGCCUUUAUUUAAUGGGUAUGCUUGUGAAGAGCUUUUUCAUUAGUUACUACAGAAUAUAAUCAUUGAGAGAUCUUGUGUAACAGGAUACAAGAAAUAAGGGUAUAGAGGUUUUGCACAGCAGCCAUGUUGCAUGGCAGGAACAAUAGAUUAUUUUUCCCAUGGGAAAAAUUUUUCUUUCUUAUGCAAAAUAUUUUCAUUGUUUCUGCCAUGCAACUUAGCUGCCAUGCAAAACCUCUCUUAAUGAUAAGUGUAACUUACAAUCAAAUGUCAACAGUAAUGCAUGACUGCAUAUUAUUACACUUUUCUUUAGUUUGCCCUUUGAUUCAGUCAAUCAGAUACAACAUUAACCUAUGUAUUAGGCAGUUUUCUUGUUUUUUCUUCAAUUCUCAUUGGCUUCCUGUGAAAUUUUCCUUUGUGUUAAUUGGCUGUCGUGAUUAUCUUGGCACUUUUUUGGCACUCUUUUGGGUCAAUUUUGUGUCGGUCUUCCAUAAAAACAGUUAGAGUUGGCUUAGUUUGUGGCCAAUGGGAAGGGUAUCAUUGAGAAGUAAAAGUAAUACCUUGGUCAGUUAUGUCUUUUAUCAUACAUCAAUGAAACAGUUUAAAUAUGUCUGGAAUAUGUAGUGUGUUAGGACCAGUCAGAUGGAAGAUUCAUAGCAAACCACAAAACCUUAAACUAAUGAACAUUACUGCAUGUUCUAAAAGAAUUCUCAUGCCUGAUUGGCUAGUUAUCUUCACCACAAUUACAACUCAGAAGUAUUUCUGGUGUUCA